AUGUCCUAUAAACAGAUCCUCUACAACAAAACGCCCGCCCCGGCCAUCGAUCCAGCCCUCAACUCCGGCACCUUUCGCGUGAACACGGUCGCCAAACCCACCGAUGUGCCCGCCGACAAGCUCCUCGUGCGCGUCCACUACCUCUCGCUCGACCCGGCCAUGCGCCAAUGGCUAACCGCCAAACGCUCCUACAUCGCCCCCAAGCUCGCCUCCAAGCACAAGAAAGGCGACUGGGUGCUCGCGUACUCCGGCUGGCAGGAGUACGCGGUUGUGGGCGAAAAGGAGGUGGAGAAGAUCACGAUCCCCGAGGGCGGGCGGCCGACGGACGCAAUGUCUGUGCUCGGCAUGACGGGGCUGACGGCGUACUUUGGCAUGCUGGAGGUUGGGAAACCGAAGCCAGGCGACACCGUCGUUGUGUCGGGCGCGGCGGGGGCGACGGGGAUGGUGGCGGGACAGAUUGCGAAGAUCAAGGGAGCGAAGAGGGUUGUCGGGUUGGCGGGGUCGAAGGAGAAGUGCGAGUUUCUGGUGAAGGAGCUGGGUUUUGAUGCCGCGGUCAACUAUAAGGAUAAGGAUUGGAAGAAGCAGCUCAAGGAGGCCACCCCGGAGUAUAUCGAUGUAUUUUUUGACAAUACCGGGGGUGAGAUCUUGGAUGCUUGUCUGGCACGUGCGGCCAGAGAUUCGCGCUUUGUGAUCUGUGGUGCAAUCAGUCAGUACAAUUCAGCUAAGCCGCAGGGUCCGGCGAGCUUCAUGACUGUCAUUUCACAACGGGUUACCAUCAAGGGCUUCAUUGUCUUUGACUACAUCAAGAAGUAUGCUGCUGCUCAAAAAGAGCUGGCUUCUUGGCUUUCGCAAGGAAAGCUCAAGCGCAAGGAGCAUAUCGUCCCUGGAGGAAUCGAGGCGGCUCCUCAAGCCUUGGUCGAUCUCUAUGCUGGCGCGAACACGGGCAAGAUGAUGGUAGAGAUCGCUCCGGUUAGUGAGGCCCUGACCAAAUCCAAGCUAUGA